AGAGCCCAAAUAAAUCACCAUUAUCAAACUAUAAAACCUGUUUUGUAACUUGAAGUUCUCAGAAGUUCUAAGGAGCGAGACAACAGCGAACGGAUUGAAUCAUAUUUUCCAGUUACCAUGGAUUCAUUUCAUAAAUUGAGUCUUGAGGAAAAGGCUGAUGCUCAGAAGCCAAAGAAGCCAAUCAAUGUUUUCAGUAUUGAUCUACAGAGUGUAGCUACUGGGAAAAAAUGUAAUGAUAGAUCACCAGCAUACAUCUGUGUAAUUGGAGAAGAUAACAGUACGAUCUAUGAAACAUUCAUCAAACCAGAUCGCAGAGUUGUGUCAUACACUGAACCCUAUACAGGAAUAAAGUCUUCAGACCUAGAUGAUGCCCCAACAAUGUCAGAAGUCACAGCAAAGCUCAAGGCAUACUUUGGAAAUCAUCCAACCAUAGUCGGGCAAGAUAACAACUUUGGUCAUACAAUAGAGCUGAUGACAUCAUUGGGAUUUGAAAAGGAGAAAGAUUACAAGUAUAUCGCCAUAUCUGAAUGGUUCAAGUUGUACCAGGGAAGCAGAGGUGGUAAAUAUCCAUAUCUCUACUUCACUCUAGAUGUACAACUGAGGGCCUUACUUAACAAACCAUUGAGCAGGGGUCUUGGUUCCAAAGGAAGGGCUUACAUGAAUCUUUACAAUGCCUACAAAGAUAAAGAUGUCACCGAUUUUGAAAGUGCCAAGCAGAAAUGUUAUUCUAUGCGUGGAUAUCUGAGAAAAGGACAUAAGGAGGUUCCAUUCUCUGAAUUACAUCCAACAUACGAGGGUGUUUGUCAGGGGCGUAUUCCACCAGGUCAGAGGACUGCCACAUGUCCAUGUGGGACUCGAAAGUGGUAACAAAUACAACAGCUGCUCAAGAGACAUUUGAAUAAGACAUUAGAUCAAACAUAGUCAAACUUUGACAAACUUUAUUGCAAAGUCCAAUUUAGAAUUAGAAGCAUUGAAAAAGGUGGACAACUUCUCCAGUCAACCAGACUGAAGUGAUAAUGCAAUUGGUUUUACAUUUACACCAGUCACUGAACGAAAAUGCAACACCGAUGAAUACAUCUCAUUGAAUACGCCUGGCAUCACACAACAAGUAGAAAUCAGCUUCAAGAAUGUUAUUUUGUAGAAAAUUCAACGAAGAGGUGACACUCAGAAGAUGGUAAACUUGUGAUGAGUUUUAUUUCAUAUAUUGCACAUAAUGUAUUUCCAAAAAUAACUUGAUAUUGAUCUAUCUUAAUGCAAUAAAUGGCUUGCCAAAAAUA